AUUGGGCAUGGCUUCUCUAGUUUUCCCCUCCUGUGGUUCUCGGGAGUGUUGAUAGUGAUGAUAAUUAAGAUGAUGAUGAUGGUGGCGGUGAUGAAGCCCGGUUGCCCCUGUAAUAAAUCCCCAGGCACGCUCCGCUCGGCACAAUGAGCUGCUCCCGCUUAGCAGACGCACCUGCCGCUCUCGCGCUGCUCGCUGCUCGGCCGUGCCUACCAUCGUGCAGCUGUGAGAGCAUCAUGGCGGCGUUUAAAGGUAUUUGGACGAAGGCGUUCUGGCGAGCCGUUUCAGGAGAGUUUUUAGCCACGCUGAUCUUUGUUCUCCUGAGUUUGGGCUCCACCAUCAACUGGGCUUCAGGUACGGAGAACCCGCCUCCUGCAGACCUGGUGCUCAUCUCCCUGUGCUUCGGCCUGAGCAUCGCCACCAUGGUGCAGUGUUUCGGUCACAUCAGCGGAGGCCACAUCAACCCGGCGGUCACCGCGGCGAUGGUGGUCACCCGGAAGAUGAGUCUGGCUAAGGCCCUGUUCUACAUACUGGCUCAGUGCCUGGGAGCCAUCGUAGGGGCGGGGCUGCUCUUUCUGGUCACGCCAAGCGCGGUGAGAGGAGGAAUGGGUGUCACAACGGUUAAUCCCCGUAUCUCAGUGGGCCAUGCCCUGGUUGUGGAGCUUCUGAUCACGUUCGAGCUGGUCUUCACGGUCUUCUCCACCUGCGACCACAAGCGCAGCGACCUCAAAGGAUCGGCCAGCCUGGCCAUCGGCAUCGCCGUACUCAUCGGCCAUCUGUUUGCGAUCCCCUAUACUGGAGCCAGCAUGAACCCUGCUCGCUCAUUCGGACCCGCAGUCAUCACAUGGAGCUGGGAGAGCCACUGGGUGUACUGGGUGGGUCCCAUUCUAGGCGGGGUCCUUGCAGCUGCACUGUACGAGUACCUGUACUGCCCUGACCCCGACCUUAAGACUCGCUGCAAGGCGAUGUUCAAAGAUGGCUCUGGAAAGUACAAAGAAGUAGAAUGCCCCAACAACCAUCAUACGGGAGAGCCUGACGAGAUUGUGAUCAAGCCUGGAUCCUCUGAUGCUGAGAAAGGUGAAAAGAAGGAGUCCCUCCAGGAUUCCUCUGGAGACGUCCUUUCCUCCGUAUGACUACUGUACAAACUGGAGAUGGAGACCAAUGUAUAGGGCCACCAGAGUGGGCCUUUACCAUGAGUAGCCCCACCCACACCCUGCUCCAGGUGAAACGGUAUACUGGCCUACUGAAGCUAAUGUGGCUGAUGCUAACAUGGGAUACGAACAUGUUAAGACCAAUUACUUUUGUCUUACUAGCUUUUUUAAGCCAUAAUUAGCAGCAUUAGCAUUUUUGGAUGAGGUUUAUUCUGCAAGACCCAAGCCUCCAGCCUUGUCUCAGGGAGAACCGUUCCUUUCAGGGCGUCCAAAAAAAAGCGUAAUUCUGCUGAUUUCAAACCUGUUUUUUUAAUUAAACACGGUCAAAUCUCAAUGGAAUGAUUCCCUACACUUGACCAAACACACAACUCAAGCCAUAUCCUCAUUUAUCACCCAGCUACGUGAAAAACUACAUGAAAAGAGGAUCAAGGAACUCUCAAAUCACUCGAAUCACUCAAACCCAUGCUGCCAUUACCCUGACAUAAAUGGAUUAGUGUCACAUGUUACAUCCGAAGAUGUUAUUGCAUCACGGUCAUUAAGGAAAUUACUGAAUUCCUGUUAUGAUGGAUUGAGGCAGGGAUUAAGGAUGGUCUAAAGCAGGUUUGUAGAGCCCUCACCUCAUCUCCAUUCAAAGCAAAGGGUGUUUUGCAGUCUUAUCAAAAUCAAUCAUUUGCUUUUUUUGUUGUUUUUUGUACAUUUAUUUUGUGUAGUAUGAACCCAAGACAUUGCAUGCUUUGUCUAGUCAGUUUCAUUUAUAUUUUUAAUAUAUAUAGUACAAAAAAAAGUUUGGGCACACCUUAAAUUCAGUGUUUUUUAAUUAUUUUAAUAUAAUAAAAUGUUCUGCAUUGUAAAUUAAUGAUAAAGCCAUCCAAACUAUGAAAAAAACAUAUAAAAUAUUAUUUUAUUAAGUAAACAAGGAAUUGUUUAGUUUCAAUCCAUUAAUCUAUUCAUUUUUUAGCAAUACAAUGCAAAACCACAUACAUAAAACCACAUAAAUAAAUAAAAAUAACACCUGAAACACAUCAUUACAUGGUAUCCUUAGUUCCACAAUAUAUUGAAUUAAAUGUUCUGAGAAGCAAUGGCAACAUUACCACAAAGUGGUAAAUACUGUCCCAACUUAUUGUGGAAUGAAAUGCAUGAAUGAACAGACAAAAUAUGAAAUGUAUGGGGUUCAUACAGCAUGCUUUAAAAAAAAAUACAAUAUAUGUUUUUUAUUAUGCAUUUCCUGCAUAAUUGCAUAAAUGUAUAAAUGUGUUUUUUUUUCCUGAUUUGUGUUUGUCUUUUAAGAUUGCAUAUAUUUUUUUCAUCAUUCUUAUACAAAGUUGUAACUGUGUUCCAUCAUUUAUGCUUUUUUUUCAUUUUUAUUUUUAUUUAAUUUCUUUCAUUUUUAGUCUUUUCAACCCACUAGUUGCCUUAUGAGGCACCUUUAAAAUAAGAGUAAACACAUUUUUUAAAGCAGGCAGUGCCACAACAGAGCCUGCAGGGUCACUGUAAUGGGCGUACAUCAGUACAGGCCAAAGCAUUUACAGCCAUUGAAUUUUAUUAGAAUUUAACACCAAAAUUACCCCCAAAUCUGGCUAACUGUUAUUAAAUCCUUGCUCAAAUCACUAGCAGGACCUCAUUAAGCUCACUUGUCUCAUGAAACCAUUUUUGGGUGAAGUAUUUCUUUAAUACUCCUGGCAGAAGUCAUCAGAAUAGGGGACUCUUAUGUCUUGAGGCUUAGCAUGUGUGCAGCUUAAACAGGGCAUUAGUAAAAAAAAAGUUACAUUUGGUGCCCUGUUGUACACUCUAAACAAGGUUCAUCACAAUGCUCUUUGCUAUCUUACACCCAACAAUCUAUUUUAACGCCUUGCGCCUGCGCCAUUAAAAUAGCGUCUAAAUAGAGUUUAGGAAUAAAUCUACACUGAUGGGUCUGGUGGUCUGGAAAUGAGGUGUGUUCAGGAGAACUUCUUGGCAGCUGUGUCAAUCUUGGUGGUGGGAAAUACAGGUGCGCCACUGACUGAAAUAAACCUAGACAACAGUCAACAGUUGCAAUGCAAUAUACAAAUGCAAUGAAAGCCAUCAGAAAUUUUUGCCAAUGUAGUGUAUAUAUAUCACACAUACAUGCCAGGUAUUGUGUAUUUUGUCCCAUGACUUUUGCCAUGCCCCAUGGAAGCUAAAGAAUUCCGCACUGACCUGUGAGAUACCUGUGUGAGGCUUCCUUUAGUGAAUGUGUAUCUUUACAAUUUCUGCCAGAGUCACUUGCAUGUUCACUUGGACAAUUCUAGCCAGAUGCAACCGGUCACUGUCAUUACCUCCCACUGUGCUCCUGUCCACUGCAGGCCAUAAUAUUAACCUUCUAUAAUGGAAUUAAUUUUUUUCACCCAAUCUAUGUCCCAUUACUUUUGGCACCAGUGUGCUUAUGAUAUAGUAAAUGUUAAUCUCACCAGACCAAGCAGACCAUAAUGUUAGCAACUUAGCAAUACAAUACCGUAACUAAGCAAUACAAAACAAAAAAUAUAUAUUAUUUUUAUGUAUUAUUUAUAUAUGCCUAUAUACUUUUAUUACAGCCAUACUGUAACAGACAAACAUGCAGGACCAAAGUUUAGUGUCACUUCUGUGAGCAUGAAAUAUAGUGUUAUAUAGUAUUAUUGUCAUAUCAUUAAGCUUAUGAAUUUAAUUUUCUAUUAUUAUUUUAUUUUUUAUUUUUUAGUAGUAGUGGUAUUACUGUAGUGGUAUUACACUAUAAAGUGUUUAUAAGUCUUAUAAGGCACACUAUCUAUAGAUUUAUAUUUUCUGGUCUAUUUUCAUACAUAUAUUGCACUGGAUUAUAAGGCGCAUUAUGCAACACCAGUAAGGAACAGAGGUGUAGCCAUGUUUCCCUUCUAACUCAGCAAAGUCUAACUCUAACUAAGUAAACAAAACAAAAAAAACAUUUCAGACAAGCACUGGAUGUUAAUCUACACAGAUUUAUCUUUGGAAAACUUUUAUUUGGGUGAGUAAAGUGUUUCUGUUUAUUUACACUAAGCUUAGAUUUCCAGAUUUCCACUAUAGCUGGAUGCAGCAGCAUAAGCAUUAAAGGCUAACCGCUAGCCGCAGUUAGCGCCAGUAAAUGUAAAUUGUUUUAACAUGGUAAACACGCAGACUGAAGGCUGGUUGUUCUCAUCUCUGAACAGCGAAAGAGCUAGCACUAAGCACGGCUAGCGGCUAAUGCUAAUACUGUUGGAAAACUAAACUGACACUCCUGUAUAUUGCUGUACUUCAGUAAAGUGGCUUCACUGCACUUUACAACCUCAUCUCAUCUCAUUGUCAACCGCUUAAUCCGUGUAGGGUCGCGGGGGGGGGCUGGAGCCUAUCCCAGCAGGCAUCGGGCGGAAGGCAGGAUACACCCUGGACAGGCCGCCAAUCCAUCGCAGGGCAGACAGACACGGACAGACACACAGACACAUUCACUCACACACUCACACCUAAGGGGCAAUUUCAAUCAAGUUCCAAUUAGCCUGAACGUGCCGUCUUUGGACUGUGGGAGGAAACCGGAGCACCCGGAGGAAACCCACGCAGACACGGGGAGAACGUGCAAACUCCACACAGAGGGACCCGGGCCGCCCCAGCCGGGAAUUGAACCCAGGCCGUCUUGCUGUGGGGCGGAAGUGCUACCCACUGCGCCACCGUGCCGCCCCACUUUACAACCUGACUGGUAAAAUUUGUACAUAAGGCGCAACAGAUUAUAAGGCACACUAACCAUUUUUAGGAAAAUUUAAAGAUUUUAGGUGCACCUUAUAGUGUGAAAAAUAUGGUAGUAUCAUUGUUCGAUUUUAUUUCUUUUGCUAUGUAAAUUCUUUGUAAGCAUAAUUAAAAUGGUUUAUGUUUAUAUUAAAAGAAAA